AUGUCUUUAACCACCGCCACCGUCUUCACAUCAUCAUCAACCGCCCAUCAACUCGACGCCGCCGCCGCUUGUCGCCAACCCAUUAACCACACCGUGGCAGCUUUGUUGCCAAUCGUUCGGCAAGGUGGGCUUUUGGGGGCCUUGGUUUGUAGCUCUUCCAUUCUACAAGAGAAUACUAAGAAUAGAAGCGAUCGAAAAAUAGCCUCGGAUAUCGCCAAUGCUUUGCCAGAAGGAAAGUUAAAGCAAGUAGUUCUUGAGGUGGAGAAUAUAGCUGAACAAAUUGAUGAUGGUGCAGAGAAAAUUGAAGAAUUCUUAGACAAGUUGUCGAAGGAUUGCGAGAGACGGGUGAGGAUCCUAUUGCCAUGCUUCGUCAGAACACGGAGGCCCUGGGGAUCAGUGGAGUGGAGUAUGGCGGAAUUCCUCUCGCUGGGGUUGAAAAAAUAGAGGACAAGGUGGAGGAUUUGGUGGAGCCCAUUACUGAGGAAGGAAAAAAUAAAGAGGGAGAGAGCAAAGUUCAGAAUGAAGCUUCACCAAAGACUGAUUUGCCAAAAACCACUUCAGAACCAAAUGACAAAUAAAUGUAUAUUAAUAUUUAUUUAAAAAUCAUUAAAAGGAAAUAUGAAAACCAACACUCUAUUGUGUUUUAAUUUAUUCAAUCUCUUUAAUUAAUAAUAUUGUAUGGCAUGAUUAAAUGCAAUAUUGAAUG